AUGGAAUAUACGACACCAGAGGUACAGCCCCCCGAUUUGAGGGACUACUAUGCAGACCUCGGAGUCCCGCAAACAGCGAGUGCGCAGGACAUCAAGCGGGCGCACCACAAGCUCGUGAUGCAAUACCAUCCCGACAAGCAAGGGUCAGGGGCGGGUCCUGAUGCUCAUGAAUUCCGUAGGGUCCGAGAGGCGUUUGAGCAUCUACGAGACGAAGUGAACCGGUCGAUAUAUAACGCCAUAUACCCCACUAUACGAGAAGAAUGGAUCCAAUACCACAGGUGGGAGGCUUAUCGAAUCCAGCAGGAGGAGCUUCGAAGGGAACAGAUUGCGAAGGCAGAACAGUUUCGACAGGAACAGAUUGCGAGGGCAGAAAAGCUUCGACAAGAACAAAUUGCGAAGGCAGAAGAGCUUCGGCAGAGAAGAGAAAAGGAGCGCCUGGCAAGGGAACACCGGGAGCGAGAGAAGAGAGAAGCACGACACAGAGAAGCCAUGCGAAGGGCUAGAGAAGCACAACGCGCAGCGGAGAAAGCGGAGAUGGAGAGAGUAGUGAGACAAUGGAAAGAGGAGCUUGCGAUGAAGCGGUCUCAGGAGGUUGCUCGGAAAGCUAGAGAGCAACAAGAGCAAAUGGCCAGGGAGAGACUGCGCGAACAGAAGGAGCAAGAGGCUGCUGAAAGAUCCAGCGAAGUCGCCAGGAAGGCAGAGCGUGAGCGGGAACUUGCUGCUAAGGAACGACUGAAAUCCAUCUUGCGCCAGGAAAAGCAAGAUGUGAUUGCGAGUUAUUGGGCGAAAUUCAGAGUCGUCCCAGACGAUGAGAAGACGAACAGUUACGAGGAAGCUAUUGAUUCGAUUGGCCAUCACGACUCAGCCUCUUCGUUCCUCGCAGAUGAACCCGUCAUCCUCCAACCACCACAUCCAACCACCCUGUAA